AAAGUCGUCGCCUAGGCGUCGCCUAGGCGACGCCUAGGCGUCCAGGCGGGGAAAUCUUCUAGGCGUCGGCGCCGCCCAGAGGAAACCGUGUAUGGCGUCCGCCUUGGCGAGGUAGGCGUCCGCCUUGGCGUCGUAGGCGUCUGGGCGACGCCUUUUCCUCCCUGGGCGACGCCUUAUCUCGUUUUGGGCUUUAGGGUUUUGGCGGCUAGGCGCGCGUUUUGUUUUGGGCCUGUUCCACUGUGCGCGCGCGGCAAAAAUACAUUGUGCGUGCGCGGCGCCGCGGCUGCUCCUUCGCGCGCAAAUCUCUCUGCGCUCUCUCCCUGCUGCUCCUCUCUCCCUGCGCGCGGCGGCUGCUCCUCUCUCCCUGCGCGCGGCGGCUGCUCUGCGCGCGGCGGCUGCUGCGUUCUCCCUGCGCGCGCGCGGCUGCUGCGUGCUCCAAGCGCGCGGCUCCCUGCUACCAGCGCGCGGCUGCUGCUCUCUGUGCGUGGUCUUGCGGCUCCCUGCUCCUUGCCGCAGUGCUAGCUGCUGCUGCUGACUGCGCAACGAGUAGGUUUCUGUCAAGUGUCAAGACUGCAGCGACUAGCGACAAGCCGACAACAUAAUGUCUUCUCGAAAUGAAGCUCCAUCUUCUGUGGCUGGUGAGUACGAUCCGAAGAGCGAUCCUACCCGGAAGCCACGGAAGUCUACUGAUCCAGGGUGGAAGUAUGGAUUUUGGCCAGAUCUUCAAAAUAAAGAUAAGGUGGAAUGCACCCUAUGUGGCCAGGUUGUUAGUGGAGGGAUAAAGAGGUUAAAGCAACAUUUGGCAGGGGCAUAUGGAGAUGCAAAGUUAUGUCCCAAGGCUACCAGUGGAAUAAGGAAGGAGAUGACAAGUUAUUUGGAGGCAAACAAGAGAAAAAGACCAAUGUUUCUAGAUGAAGAUGAAGAAGAUGAUGAAGUGGUGGAGGUGGCAGCAGCAGAUGGGACGAAUGAUACAUCUGCUGUGGAGUCUCAAGCAUCCAAGGUGCAGCCUAGUUCUGGUACAGCAGCCAAAAAAAGACAAUCGACCUUGCAAUUUAAGGCAAACAGUAAAGCACAGCAAAAGACAGCCAAGUCCGUAGUUGAGAUGUUGCGGAAAACACCAGAGGAGGUGGUGGAUGAGAGACUUUCAGGCUCUUAUCAGCCCACAAUCUUGGCUAGUGCAAAAAGCAAGGAGGACAAACACUAUGUGGACAUGCAGUGGGCUUUGUUCUUCUAUGAGUGCGGUGUACCUUUCAAUGCCGCAGCAGCUAGGCAGUUUCAGAUUGCAAUUGAGGCCACAGCACAGUUUGGUUCAGGGUAUAAGCCCCCAACACCUUACCAACUAGGCGAGCCAUUGCUACAAGAGGCUGUGAAGACAACAAAUACAAUGAGGGAGGAACAUGAGCGUGCAUGGAAACACUAUGGUUGCACACUCAUGUCUGAUGGAUGGUCUGAUAGGAGGGGACGCCAUCUCAUUAACUUCUUAGUGAACAGCCCAGAGGGCACUUAUUUUUUAGAGUCCGUUGAUGCAUCUAGUGAAGUACAUGAUGCAUACAUGCUUGCUGAUUUGCUUGAGAAAAAAGUUGAUGAGAUUGGGAGAGACAAGGUUGUACAAGUUGUUACUGAUAAUGGUGCCAAUUACAAAGCUGCAGGCAAGCUUCUAAUGGAGAGGAUUCCUACUUUAUUUUGGAGUCCAUGUGCUGCACAUUGCUUGGACCUAAUGUUGGAGGACAUAGGAAACUUGAAGGAAUUCAAGAAACCAAUUGCACGUGCAAGGCGUGUGACAACUUUCAUAUACCGACACGGGAGAAUUCUUGCUGCCAUGAGAGAGAAAACUGGUGGGGCUGAUCUUGUGAGGCCUGCAGCCACUCGUUUUGCUACUUCCUUUCUCACAUUGAAGAGCUUGUACAAGCACAAGGAUGCUUUGAAGGCUUUAUUUGCAAGCACAGCUUGGACUGAUAACAGAUUGUCAAAGACUAGUGCUGGAUUGGAUGUGUAUAACAUUGUCUUCUCCACACAGUUUUGGAAUUCAGUAGAAGAUUGCCUUAGAGCUUCGGGGCCACUACUUAUUGUACUUAGGGUGGUAGAUGGAGAUGAGAGGCCAGCUAUGCCAGAGGUCCAAGCAUUGAUGAAAUGUGCAAAGGAAAAGAUCAAUCAAAGCUUUGCUGUCCAAAGCAAGAAGACUUUACUCAAGAAAAUCAUAACUAUAAUUGAACGGCGUUGGGAGAAACAAAUGGAUCACCCAUUGUAUGGGGCUGCAAUGUAUUUGAACCCAGGAAAGUUGCAUCCUCUCAUAAGAAAUGAUGAUGAUGCUACUGUUGGUCAGCUAAGAGGUUGCUUUCUUGAUGUGCUUGCAAGAAUGGUAGAUGAUGAGGAAACUAGAGACAAGAUCAAUUCUCAAGCAAUGGAUUACGAGUUUCUUAGAGGAGCAGCUUUUUCAAAUAAGAUGGCCAAAGAUAACCUACAAACUAUGACCCCACGUAAGUGUUUGUGGCUGUUACUAGUUUACUACUUACUAGUUGUUGCUAGUAGCUUGCUAAAUUGUUGUGAUGUUAUUGCAGUUGAGUGGUGGCGUUCGUAUGGUGGUCGUGCUAUUGAGUUACAGAGAUUUGCUAGACGUUUGGUGAGUCUUUGUGCGUCUUCAUCAGGUUGUGAACGCAAUUGGAGUACCUUUGAAUUUAUCCAUACAAAGAAAAGAAACCGAUUGUUGCAUAAGAGGUUGAAUUCUAUUGUCUUCAUUUCCUACAACAGAAAGAUGAAAGCUAGGUUCCAAAAACUACGCCAGAAGAAGGGGAAAAACUUUGAUCCAUUGGUUCAUGAGGACUUCAACUGGGACAAUGAGUGGGCUGAUUCUUUGCAUGUAGUCCCUGAAGGUGGGCGUGGGUGUGAGUGUGACCUUACAUGGGACCUUGUGGAUAAUGCCAUUGGAGCAUCGCAAGCACUUCGUGGCCGAAACUUACCAAGAAGGGCCCAUAAUGUGUAUUCAAGAAGAAAUUCUGUUGCUGCACAAAACAUGUCAGAGGCUGAAGAGGAAGAUGAAGAUGAAGAUGAAGAUGUUCCACAUGACGAUGCAGAAAUCACAGAUUGUGAAGAUGAAUCUAAUGGUGGCAAUGCUGGUGAAGAAGGGGAGGCACCCAAUAUCCCAGGAGAGUUUGAUGAUGAUUUUUGAGCGACGAGAGACAGGGAGAGUAGCUAUUGCUAGAUUGCAUUAGCAAUUUAGCAUAUUUGCUGCAUUACUAACUGCAGCUAGUUACUAUUAAUUAUGCCAUUACAAACUAUCUAUGUGGCUAUUUCAGAUUUGGACAUUUGGUAUUGUGUUGUUUUAAAUUUUGUGACUUGUUGUUGUUCCUUUAGAAACUACUUUGUGGCUAUUUCAUAUCCAUUAUUAUGCUAUUGUGAA